AUGAUGGAGUCUGAUCCCACCUAUCUUGACAAUGAUCUCAACAAUCUUCUCACCUCAUUUCCUGUAGUUGUUGAAGAAGCUUUGGUGGAGGAUGAAGAGUCUUAUCAGAUGGGGCUAUGUGCUGCUGCCAUGCUGCUGCCCAAUCCACACAUCAGUACACCUUGGCAAAAACUUUAUGAAAGCCAGGAUGACCAGGCCUUUAUCACAACAAUGGGAUUUGAUGUAGAAACCUUUGGUUAUAUCCUCACCUCUGGAUUUGCUACAGCCUGGUAUCACAUCCCAAUCCCUCAAAAUGAUACCAAUACUACUGGCAAUCCAUGGCUGUCAUGCAGGUCUCUCAAUGCUGCUGGUGCACUUGGCCUUGUGCUACACUAUUUGAAUUCAACCAUGCACAAAAUCAGCCUCCAACAAAUAUUUGCCAUUAUCCCUGCCACAGUUUCACAGUACAUCACAUUUGGCCUCUCAAUCCUUCUUUCAACACUCAGAAACAUGCCAGAGGGCCAGAUCCACUGGCCCAAGCAUGAUGAGUUUGAUGAACUGUCACAGCUAGUUGCACAGCAUCACCCAAGACUUUAG